AUGCACGCCAUGUGGCUGCUGCUUUUCCUCUUCUGCAUUUGUCGUAUCAGAUGCCAAGAGGAAGAUUUCCUCUUCAACGACUAUGACGAUGAUGACCCUGCCGGGCGUCGCCGCCGCGAGUCGAACAUAAAAGCCGACGUACUCAAGAAGAAUUUCUUCGAGAAGUUCAUCGCCGCUUUUCGCGACCCGGACACUCACCCGUGCGACAACUUCUAUCGACAUAUUUGCCCAAUCUCGAUCCAGCUGAAUGAUACCUACUACGGGCAGGUGAAGGCCCAUGCCAAGCAGUCGUACGAAAAAUUGGAGAGGAUGAGCGGGUUCUACGAUACCCUCGGAGUGAUGCAACAGGACCGGGAGGGUUUUUUGGCGGACCCCGAGCAAGAGCUUGGGAGGAAGACGCAGGACUACUAUGGAAAAAGGGAAAUUCGGAAAGGUAGACACGAAGAUUUGGCGACGCUCUCCGAGGAGUGGACAACGGCGGGAUAUAUCUUCGAGCAGACGUGGAUGAUCCCCCACCGCGUCCAAUACCUCACCGAAUCUUUGCAGCGCGUCUACGCGAAGAACGAUCGACUUCCAAAGAUCGCCAAGAACCUGCAGGCGCAGAUGCUGAAGCUGGUCGAGACGUUCUCGCGCGAGCCCAACUAUGAGGAGCUGUACGCCCGGCACCUGCAGUACAUCAACGAGACGAGCUUCUUCUUCGGGAUGGUCGACGAGACGUUCAACCAACUGGGCAACCUGCGCAUCAUCAGCGAGGAGAUCAAGAAGUUUCUGGAGUUUUUUGAGACAUUCUCGCGCGAGCCCAACUACGAGGAGCUGUACAGGCAACAUGUGGACGCCAUCAACGAGCUGACCAUCUUCUUCGCGAUGGUCGACGAGGCGUUGGAGCAGAUCGAUGGGCUGAAGGCGUUGAUCGAUGUGACGAGGCAAACUUUUGAGCAUCUGAAGCAACUUCUAGCUGUCGGGUUGAGAAGGAUCGGAAGCUCGAAUUCCGGCCGUUACGUCUCGAUGUCGAUCUGGGAGCUGAUGCCGGUUUUGGUGAAUCCGGGGGCUGAUCCGGCCAUUGCGUACGGCAGCACAGGCUGGGUGAUGGCCCACGAGUAUAUGCACGCGAUGCCGUAUUUUAACAACCCCAGUGACUGGCCGAAACCCGUCCCCUCGCGCCCUUCCGAAAUCUGCAUCGUCGAGCGGGCAAGCCGAGCCUGCCAGCUGUGGCCGGAAAAGGACUGCUUCAGCGGCCUGCACACCUUCCUCGAGGAUCGCUCCGACUUCACGGGGCUGAGAAUCGCUUGGGAGGCUUUUAUGGUGGAGGUCCGCGAACAAUGGGGACACGAUGGGGAUCAGCUUAAGAGACUUGUAUACCCCGACUUGGGCGUAACACGGGAGCAGCUCUUCUUCUACGCGCAGGCCAUCCCCUACUGCUCCACGUACGACCGUUCGCAGCACAUCGUCGGCAGCAAGGGCCGUGACGUGCACUCGGCGCACCGCAUCCGCGUCAACAUGAUGCACAGCAAUAUGGAGGAGUUUGCGGGCUGGCAAAAGCCGGACGCCUUCCACAUCUGCAUCGCCUCCUACAACACGGUGAUGAUGGAUUUGCGCAUGUUCAAGCGAAAGCACUGGCAAUACAUGGUGCUCGAUGAAGCGCACAACAUCAAAAACUUCAAGAGUAUGAAAUGGCAGGCGUUGCUGACGAUGAACGCCGAUCAUCGUCUACUUUUGACAGGCGAGAUGGCCAUCGACGAGGGCGGCUUCACGCCCGACUUCUUCAAGCAGUCCAGCAACCUGCGCGAUUUGUUCAAGGACGACCUCGCCGAAGAUGAUCUUCCGAUCUGUGUGGAUGUGCCGCAGGAUGCGAAGGCCUUUGAAAAGGAGAUGGCUGCCGUCGAAGAAGAGCAGGACACGACCAAUUUGAAGAUUGCGCGCGACGAGGCGAAGGCGGAAACGGCCGAAUUCGCGCUGACAGCCGGCUCGGUGCGGGACACGCAGCUCGAGGAGCUCAGCCAGGACCAGAUGCUCUUCCGGGAGUUGAUCACUCGAAUGUUGCCCAUCGAACGCUACGCCCUCCGUCAAGUCGAAGCCGACACGGCCGCCUACUACGACAAGCAGACCGUGCAGGCCAUGGAAGAAGAACGCAAAAAGGGCGGCGAAUCCCAGAAAGUCAAGGCUCCCGGACCGUCUAGAAUGCCCGGCGGCCGAAAGCCGAGAAGGAUGCGCUGCCUUUGCGCGUCAAUUCAAAACGGCUUCAGUGCAAAAUAUUGCCCGAUGCAUCCUCCGCCACCUCGAACACCGUCACCGGAACCACCGGAAGCACCUCCACCCCCGACGGGCCGUCAAAGCAUGACGGUCCGCAUCCUCGCCCACCUAAACAAGCUGGUCGACGAGCGCGUCAAGAAGCGGGAGUUGCGCAGAUGGCUACAUCGGCUGAAUUCGGCGGUCCGCUACGAUCGGUGCAGGGCCGAGAUCGAGCGCGACUUCAGCGGCCCCAGCAGCUCGAAGCUGAUCAGGGAGCUGGGCGAGGCCUGCGACACGAUCAAGGAUUUUGGAUAUCCUCGGCCGGGUCAUACUGGAGAUGGUCAAGAGCCAGCAGCUAAAAUGGCCAGGAUGGAGCCAGAAAUUUGGGACGAUCUUUCAGCCGAGGAAAAGCCGUCAAGACUGGAUGAGCCGCUGGAGAAGGUGGACGGGGUUGAGCAACAGCUGAUCCCCCCGAUUCCGAGAAAGCGCGGAGGCAGGGGUUCCAAGAGAUGCCUUUGCGCUGUGAUGCGAACUGGCUUCAAGUGCCGCGUCUGCCCAGCUCACCGUCCGCCUCGGAAGCAACGAACACCAGUUCCCGAUGAAAUCACGUCGAAAAAAAAAACGCCAGCGCGGCUGGAACGUGAUGCUGGCCUAACGCAGUAUUUCUUCGGGCUUCCUCCUCAGCACCAGGUCGCACUCGUCAAGCUAAUGGCGCGCUUGCAGGAGCCGUACCCUGAUGAAAUCGCGGCGGCUGAGCUAGAGCUCGUCGACGAUACGAUGGAGACACCAACAGUCGAAUUCCCGAAAGAGUUUCUUUGGAUGACGAAGAAUCGCGAAUAUUUCGAGAAGCGCGCCGCCCCCUCUUCGCGGCUAGAGCCCGUGUCUUCUUCAUGCGCACUUCCGGCGCAUCAGCGGUCUUCUACCAGUCGCGAGGCAACGAACAGUCCGGGUGGAAUAUACGGAAUCGAUCGAUGCUCCACUAGCAGUGAUGAAGCUGACGAACAGCUAGAAGACGGGCUGGAGCUGGAGCCCGAAUUUUGCUGCCACAACAAGCACUGCCAGUCCGGGGAGUUCAAAUGCUUCAAGAAGCGGGAGCGCGAGGCUGCAGCAGCCGGAUGUCUGGCCGACGCCACGCUUCUCGUGGAACCCAAGCCCGUACCAAUCCAACCUGCAGCCGGUGAAAUCCCAGGAAUCUGCGAGAUAGACUGGGACGAGCUGAUGACCGAUCUUCCCGAUAAAUUUUUGCCUGCUCAAUCUUCCACUAGCCCUCACGAUGAGGCCACAAUUUCUAAGAAACUCGACGCCAAGCCGGAAUUCUUGCCCGGAUUGCCCGGUAACAACUUCGCGUACGCCGUGACGAAGCGGUGCGCCGGUUGCGCGCUGGUAGUGGCGCCCGACUUCGACCCGGCCAACUACACCCUGCCGGAACUGCCGGUUAUCGAGGCGUUGGACUUGCCGCAGUCGAUGGAUCCGCGCCAUAUCCGAGCGCAAUGCGACCACUGGAUCAAGACACGCAAGGACCACCCGCUGAUGUGCUACAAAAAGGCGGCGGACAUGUCGAAACCAGCACCAACUACAUCGGCAAGGACAGCCCAGGGAGUCGAAAAUCGCGUGCUUCCGCUUUUCCGAGGCCAACUCCGACAACGCACCCCACCGAGGCGUGCACCUAGUAUCCGAGAAGCCACCCCGACCGACUCGAAACCUUUCCCAAUUGAUGAUGACGAUAUUCCUGGCGUCAGCGAACAGACCGACGAAUUCAAUCUGGCUAGUGACUCUCCGGAGAGUAUCGAAAGAGUGAUCGUCGGAAACAGAACGCCUGCCAAGCCUGCAACCGGAAGUCACGACAACGAGUCGGACGGCGAAGAUCUCGAGAUGAUUUUGAAUUUCGACGAUGUGAUCGCAAAUUCGCCGGUCCCGGAGGAGCUGCUUGGGGACAGCGAGUGCACCGGAAAUUCCGGGAUUAAGUGCGAAAUCGUCGAAGAAGUGGUCGUGAAUAGGAGCCCGCCUGGAAAGCCUACACCUGCAAGUCGCGGCAACGAGUCCGACGGCGAAGACCUGGAGAUGAUUGAGAAUUUUGACGAUGUGGAUACGGAUUCUCCGCCCCGUCUGAUCCCGAUGAGGCCAAUGCCCAGAGUGUUCCCAUUGGCCCCUUCCGUACCAGUGGCCCCGGUGGUCCCGGCGGCCUCGUUGGCCCCGGCCCCAUUACCCCCACUGGCCCCGCCACCGUCGCAGAGACCCGCGGUGAAACUCUGGCGUGAGCAAAACAGCUACGCUCUCGGCUAUCGAUGGGCGUCCGGUCCGAAACCG